GUAAACUCAACAGCCACACUCACCAGUCACUCGUGAUCGUUCGAUUGCAAUUUAUUUAUUAAACUCAAAAUCACACAAAAAAAAAACCAUUAAAAUGGCCGCUAAGUUGAUCAUCUUCGCCGCAUGCGUGGUUUCCGCCAUCGCUCAAUACCCCACCCCGGCCUACAAGCCCGCUUACCCAGCUGCCGCUUACCCAGCACCAGCAUACUCCGCACCCGCAUACGCCGCACCGAAAGCCUACGCUCCGGAACCCGCCUACCCACCCAAGCCAUACAACUUCGAAUACAGCGUCAACGACCCAUCCACAUACGACGUCAAGAGCCAAUCCGAAUACGCUGACGCCAACGGUUACGUCAAGGGGUCGUACAGCCUCUUGGAAGCCGACGGUUCCACCCGCGUCGUCGAAUACACCGCCGACAACUACGGAUUCAACGCCGAAGUCAAGAAAAUCGACGGAGGAUACAAGGCCCCGUACAGCGCCCCGGCCCCAGCCUACAAAGCCGCCCCGGCCUACAAGCCCGCAUACGCCGCACCAGCCUACCCAGCGCCAGCCGCCUACCCAGCACCAGCCGCCUACCCAGCACCCGCUUACUCCGCACCGGCCUACAAGCCAGCCCCAUACAAGGCAUACUAAUUUCCCGCUUACCCGGCACCAGCUUACCCGGCACCAAAGGCCUACGCCCCCCAGCCCGCCUAUGCCCCCGCCCCGUACAACUUCGAGUACAGCGUCAACGACCCAUCGACAUACGACGUGAAGAGCCAGUCCGAAUACAGCGACGGCCAAGGCAACGUCAAGGGAUCGUACAGCCUGGUCGAAGCCGACGGUUCCACCCGCGUCGUCGAGUACACCGCCGACGACUACAACGGUUUCAACGCCGAGGUCAAGAAAAUCGAAGGAGGAUACAAGGCCCCGUACAGCGCACCGGCCUACAAGCCCGCCUACCCAGCGCCCGCAUACAAGCCAGCACCCGCAUACAAGCCAGCCCCGUACAAGGCGUACUAGUGACCGAUUCCUCGUCAACACUUCCAGGCGAUCUCUUCGCUGCCCGUGAAACCAACGCGAUGUGACCGCCGUUAUACCUACACGCCGUGUACCGCGAGUCACAUAAUAAUAUAUAUAUCGUCUGCGUA